AUGGCUCUCAGGAUAGGUGCCAAGGCCUCACUCAGAUCUGGGCUCUGUUUGGGGAAUGAAUGUCAUGCUGCCCACCCAACACUAGUUCUGACAGUCUUUACCAGUAUGCUGGUGACUUGGCUUGAGGCUGCUAACCUCACUGUAGGCUUCCAGGCCCCCUAGAACAUCUCCCAUCCAUUCAGUGUGCAAAGGUUGGGUUCAGGCCUCCAGACUGCCAUGAACAAGAUUAACUCAGAGACAGUGGACCUUGGAAACUUCAGCUGGGAGUUCACUUAUGCCAACUCAACUUGCAGCAUCAAGGAUCUCAAUAUUUUCACCAGUCAGGUCCAGAGAGAAGAGAUUUCUGCCCAGUUUGGACCAGCAUGCCCAGAAACAGCAGAGAUUAUUGGCUUGCUGGACUCAGAGUGGGAUAUCCCUGUGUUUGACUUUGUUGGACAAACUGCAAAACUGAAGGACAACUUCUUAUAUGACACCUAUGUGAAACUUGUGCUGUCCAUGCACAGAAUUGUUGAUGUGCUCCAGAGAAGUCUCCAAUACCUCAGCUGGAAACAUAUUGGGAUGUUUGGAGGUCACUCUGGGACUUCCUCUUGGGAUGCAGUGGAUGAAUUGUGGAAGGUUGUAGAGAAUGGACUCAAAUCCCAUUUCACCAUCACUGUCAGUGUGAAAUACACCAACAAUGAUCCAGCCUCGUGUCAAAAGAAUCUCAGGGCUGUGUCAUUGGUUGCCAGAAUUGUCAUCUUAAUCUGCAGCUCAGAGGAUGCAAAAACUAUUCUGCUGGCUGCAGAGAACCUGGGACUCAGCACAGGAGAAUUUGUCUUCAUUAUUGUGCAAUGGUUGGAGGACAGUUUUUGGAAGGAGGUAUUGACAAAUCAGAAGGUGACACACUUCCCCACCAUCUAUGAGUCACUGCUUCUCAUAACUCUGGACUCCUAUGGAGAAGACCCUGGAGAUGAAGGCUUCUGGAAACAAGUCUACCAAAGGCUGAGGGUACCGCCCUUCUACAGCUCCAUCUCCGCGGAGGAGCAGCUCUUAUUGGCCUACCUUCACGACGCCGUGCUCCUGCACGUGGAGACGGUGCGGGCGCUGGCCAAGGCCGGGAGAGAGCUCCGGGAUGGGUGCCAGGUGGUCCGCACCCUGAGGGCUCCAGCCAAGGGGCGCUGCACGGCGAGGGGAAUCACUGGCCCCGUGAUUGUGGAUUCCCAGGGAGAAAGGCACAUGGAUUACUUGGUCUAUGCCCUACAGGAAUCCAGAAACGGGUCCCUCUUUCUUCCUUUCCUGCAAUAUUACUCCAGCUACCAGAAAGUCAUCAGGUACUGGACCAUAGUGAAUUUCUCCAUGACUCAUUGGCCCCACAGCUCCCUCCCAGAAGACAGACACGGCUGUGGAUUUUACAGUGUUCUCUGUGAACCUACACCUGCUUCUACAGGUCAGUGUGUGACUCCUGUGAUCCUCACAAUGACCCUCCUGAUUUCCGUCUUGGGAGCUGUCAUCAUAGGCCUGGUUUUACGGAUGCAGAGUGGAAAAUCGCAAAAGCGACAUAAAGACAUUUGGUGGCAAAUCAAUUAUGAUGACAUCACCAUUCUGCCCCAGAACAAGCUCCAACAUAGAGGCACCCGUGUGUCAAGAAGGGACAACAGUAAUUCAUCUAGUGUGAUGAUUUCUGCAAGACCCUUUGUCAAGAGCCAGCAGGGGGAAGAGCUCUUUUAUGCCCCAGUGGGGCUUUACCAGGGGAGCUAUGUGGCCAUCUGUUAUGUUGGUAACCAAGCAAAAGCCUGGGUCAGGAAGCCAUCUGUGCUGCAGGAAAUUCGGCUGGUAUAUGAAUUAAAGCAUGAAAACAUCUUUCCCUUCUUUGGAAUUUGCACAGAACCAUCCAACAUCUGCAUUGUCACCCAUUAUUGCAAAAAAAAAAGGGGGGGGAGUCUUAAAAUAAGUAAACUAGAUGUUUUGAGAAACUCAGAUAAUGAGAUAGAUUGGUGGAUAUUCAAGCUCUAGUUUGUAUAUGACAAAGUCAAUGGCAUGCCGUUCCUCCACAGGAGCCCCCUGGGGUCCCAUGGCAAUCUGAAGCCUUCCAACUGCCUGAUGGACAGCCAGAUGCAUGUGAGGCUGACUGGCUUUGGGCUAUGGGAGCUCAAGUCUGGCCGGACCUGCAGAACAUACAAGGGACUGACAAACUAUUUGGAGUUCCACUGGACGGUCCCAGAGCUGUUGCGGCUCCCAGAGGCCCCCUGGUCGGGCACCCCAAAGGGAGAUGUGUACAGCUUUGCCAUCCUGAUGACAGAGCUGAUCCACCACCAGGACCACGGGCCUUUUGACGAUCUCGAUGAGGUGCCAGAUGAAAUCAUCAAACGAAUCAAAGACCCCAUGGCAUCAGAUCCACUUCGACCUUCCCUGUCUGAGGAGGAGGGCAAUGAAAAGAUUGUGCUCAUGGUGAGAGCAUGUUGGGAUGAAUCUCCAGAGAAGAAGCCCACCUUUUCCUCCAUCAAGAAAAUUUUACGAGAAGCCAGUUCCAAAGGCCACGUGAGCAUCCUAGACAGUAUGGUGAGCAAGCUGGAGAUGUAUGCCAAUCACCUGGAGGGUGUGGUGGGAGAGAGGACCAACCAGCUGAUGGCAGAGAAGAGGAAGGUGGAUCGGCCUCUGUCCACAAUGCUGCCAAGCUUCAUCAGAGAACAGCUCAUAGCUGGAAGGUCCAUAGAACCAGAACCUUUUGAGUCUGUGACAAUCUUUUUCUCUGACAUUGCUGGAUUCACAAAACUGUGUUCCCUCAGUCCCUCCCCCUUGCAAGUCAUAAAGCUCCUUAAUGACAUAUAGAGUUUAUUUGACCAGAUCAUUAAAAACUAUGAUGUGUCUAAGGGUGAAAUGAUUGGAGAUGCGUACGGUGCUAGCAGACUUCCCAUCUGCAAUGGAAGCCAGCAUGUGGAUGAGAUUGCCACAAUGUCUUUGCACGUUCUCAAUGCCACUGUCUACUUCCAGAUUGGGCACAUACCUGAGGAGAAGCUCAUGCUCAGGAUUGGCAUCCACACAGGUCCUGUGGUGGCUGGUGUGGUGGGAACCACCAUAUCCAGGUACUGUCUGUUUGGGGACACUGUGAACAUGGCAUCCAGAAUGGAAAGCAACAGUUUGCCUCUCUAGUUCCAUGUCUCUCGGAGCACUGCAGCCGUCCUGCUGGCAUCGGGAGGGUACGAUUUGCAAGAGAGAGGCACCAUUCCAGUCAAGGGCAAAGGAGAACAAACAACUUUCUGGUUGGAAGGCAAAGAAGGCUUAACUAUUCCACUCCCCGAAUUUACUGAGGAGGAAGCUAAAAUCUUGGAGAGCUUCUGA